AUGAAGUUGUACGCCAUCGUGAUCCUUUUCGCCUGCUGUCUUUUGGCGGCACAGGCGGCACCCGAGAAGAAGAUGGCCCAGAAGUCGCGUCAAGCGGACCAGGACGUCAAGGUGGGCCAGGCCGCUUCUAGCGCUGGUGGAUCGACCACUGCCAAGGAUCCCUCCAGCGGCAGGCUGUUCCUCAAAAAGUUCCUGACCUUCAAGAACCUGUUCAGCAGCAACAACCAGCCGGUGAUACCAAUCAUUAUCACCGGUGCCGGAACCGGGACGUCCACUGGCACAGGCUCACCCACAUCGCCCACGGUGACGGUGACCUCAACGGGCACGAUUCCCUCGGCCACUGGCACCAUCACCACAUCGCCCACGACACCCACAUCGCCCACAACAAGCACCGCACGGCGAACGGUUAUCAAGGGUGCCCGCUAUGGCAGCAACGAUGACGAACAGGAGCUGAAUAACGAGCAGGACCAGGACCAGGAUCAGGAUCAGGAACAGGAACAGGACCAGGAGCUGGCCCAGCCCGCCCAGGCCUACCCCGCCGAGUUGAUGGACGAGCAGGCUCUGCAGGCCGCCCUGGCCGCUGGCGCCCAAGAAUACGAGGUGGUUACUACCGGCCACGAGGUGCAGGGAACUGGCGGAGCCACCGGCGAAGGCGGCAAGGCCACCCAAAGCAAUAACCACAUCAGCCUGCGACGCAAGGGCGCCCGCCGCGGCCAGGUGAUCAGCGUUCGCAUUCCACCCCGGUAUCGUCGCUAUUUCAAGAACGGCCAGAAAGUGAUGCUCAACACCGGUAGUCGUCCCGCCUCCAAGCGCCGCGUGGUCCGCAAGCGAGUGCCUGCCAAGAAGAUCAACAAGAACAACAACCGGAGGCGCAAGGGCAACAAGAAGAACCGUCGCAAUCGCAACAAGAACCGCCGCAAUCGCAUCACCGCCGUCUAA